UCUAAAAGUUGGUUUUAGUUGGUUGCCCACAGGAUUGACUUGACUUCUGCUACUUAUUAAGGAAAAAAACACCUCUCUUUGCAGGUGUGUGUGUUUCAGCGCAGCAUGGCUGUGGUCAUCCGCUUACAAGGUCUCCCAAUUGUGGCGGGGACUAUGGACAUUCGCCACUUCUUCUCUGGAUUGACCAUUCCUGAUGGGGGCGUGCAUAUUGUAGGGGGUGAGCUGGGUGAGGCAUUCAUCGUUUUUGCCACUGAUGAAGAUGCAAGGCUUGGUAUGAUGCGAACAGGUGGUACCAUUAAAGGGUCCAAAGUAACACUGUUGCUGAGCAGUAAAACUGAAAUGCAAAAUAUGAUAGAACUCAGUCGCAGACGUUUUGAAACUGCAAAUUUAGAUAUGCCACCAGCAAAUGCUAGCAGGUCUGGACCACCACCUAGUUCUGGAAUGAGUAGCAGGGUGACUCUUCCAACUACAGUACCUAAUUUUAACAGUCCCUCUCCUAGUGUAGUAACUGCACCUACUUCAGUCCAUGAAAGCAACAAAAAUAUACCGACGUUCUCCACUGCCAGUAUGGGAACUGCUCCUCCAAAUCUUGGCACUACAUUUGGAAGCCCCACAUUUAGCUCUACUAUACCUAGUACAGCAUCUCCAAUGAACACAGUACCACCUCCACCAAUACCUCCUAUCCCAGCUUUGCCAUCAUUGCCCCCAAUGCCCUCUAUUCCUCCCAUACCUGUCCCACCUCCUGUGCCUACAUUGCCUCCUGUUCCUCCAGUUCCCCCAAUGCCUCCAGUACCUCCUGUGCCACCUAUGUCAUCUAUGCCUCCUUUAUCAGGAAUGCCUCCUCUGAAUCCUCCACCUGUAGCACCUUUGCCCGCUGGAAUGAAUGGGUCAGGAACAGCAAUGAAUUUAAGCAGUAAUUUGAACCCAAUGUUUAUGAGUCCCAUGAAUCCUAUUCAAAUCAGUUCCCAAAGCAGUGUGAAAGCACUUCCUAUCAAUCCAGAUGAUUUGUAUGUUGGUGUCCAUGGGAUGCCUUUUACAGCAACAGAAUCUGAUGUCAAAGACUUUUUCCAUGGACUCCGCGUGGAUGCAGUGCAUAUACUGAAAGAUCAUGUUGGACGCAAUAAUGGAAAUGGAUUAGUUAAAUUUUGCUCUCCCCAAGAUACAUUUGAAGCCUUGAAACGAAACAGGAUGCUGAUGCUUCAGCGCUAUGUUGAAGUUAGUCCUGCAACAGAGAGACAGUGGGUGUCUGCUGGAGGCCAUAUAACAUUCAAGCAAACCAUGGGUCCGUCUGGGCAAAACCAUCCUUCUCCUCAGACUCGCUCUAUGUCCAAAUCUCCUAAUGGUCAGAAAAGGUCAAGAUCUAGAUCUCCACAGGAUCAGGGAUUCUGUGUUUAUUUGAAAGGUCUUCCCUUCGAAUCAGAGAACAAACAUGUCAUAGAUUUCUUUAAAAAGCUAGAUAUUGUGGAAGAUAGUAUUUACAUAGCUUAUGGACCCAAUGGGAAAGCACUUGGUGAAGGUUUUGUUGAGUUCAGAAAUGAAACUGACUACAAAGCGGCUUUAUGUCAUCAUAAGCAGUACAUAGGGAAUCGUUUUAUUCAAGUUCAUCCCAUCACUAAAAAAGCCAUGUUAGAAAAGAUAGAAAUGAUCCGUAAAAGACUCCAGAACUUCAACUAUGAUCAGCGAGAAAUUAUGAUGAGUACAGAAGGAGAGACUCGCCCUUCCAAACUAUGCGCUCAUAUAUCCAAUGUCCCCUAUAACAUUACCAAAAUGGAAAUCAUCCAGUUUUUAGAGGGACUAGCAGUUGAAAAGAACUCUAUACAGAUUCUUGUUGAUGGCAGUGGGCAAGGUUUAGGACAAGCACUGGUCCAGUUCAAAAAUGAAGAAGAUGCUCGUAAAUCAGAGCGCCUACAUCGUAAGAAACUGAAUGGGAGAGAUGUUGUGCUUAGAGUGAUAUCCCUUGAAGAAAUGAGAGAAAUUGAGAGAAAUACUCCCUCCCAAGGGAAAAAAAUGUUGAAAAUGCAAGGGAGUGCAACCUUGCCAGGAGUGAAUGCUGGUGGGGAUGAUCAUUCUUUCAUCAGUAGCGGCUCAAAAGAUACAAGCAGUGGUCCUCCUUUUCAUUUUCCUAGUAAUUUCAGUGGCUCUAAUGCAUUUGGUCCCCCUCUUCCACCUCCAGGAAUAGGAGGGGGUGGUUUUGGUGAUUCCAGACCAGGAAUGCCAUCUAUUGGAAGUAGUGGUUUGCCUGGCUUGCCUGGUCCAGGAAUUGAUGUCCCAGGCUUUGUAGGCGGUCCUGGUAAUCUAAGUGGGCCAUCAGGGUUUGGAGGGGGUCCUCAGAAUUUUGGAAAUGGGCCUGGUAAUCUAGCUGGUCCUCCUAGUUUUGGAAGUGGACCUCCUGGUCUUGGUGGUGGGCUUGGACAUUUAAGUGGGCCUCCAGCGUUUGGCCCUGGCAAUUUGCAUAUUACUGGUCCGCCAGGAUUUGGAGCUGGUUCUGGAAAACCAGGGCCAACUGUCAUUAAAGUGCAGAACAUGCCCUUUACUGUAUCAGUGGAUGAAAUUUUAGAUUUUUUCUAUGGUUACCAAGUAAUUCCAGGUUCAGUAUGCUUAAAAUAUAACGAAAAAGGAAUGCCAACAGGUGAAGCAAUGGUUGCAUUUGAGUCUCGUGAUGAAGCAAUGGCAGCUGUUGUUGAUCUAAAUGACAGGCCAAUAGGAUCGAGAAAAGUCAAACUCAUUCUAGGGUAGCUGGUUAUCAAAAUGUUUGUAGAAUAGGUAUUAGUGCUGUGAUGAAUGCAUUCAGAUUGUUUUCUAGUAGUUCUAGAUUAGAACAUACACAUUGUUUAAACUUCACAUUUGUUUUUAUAAGACUUGGAACACUGGUUUAACUGUUUACAGAAGAACUGCAAGGGUAAAUUUGCAGUUGUUCUACCAGUACAGAUAUGUGGAGAAGAGGAAUUCUCAUCAACAAAGUUUUCUAAUGCUGAAUUGGCCGUGUAAUGCUUAUCAAGGAGUCUAGAUUGGUUUUUAUGAAAUUCUGGAUGAGGAAAACUGUCAUGAUGAAGUUAGUGAUGUCUUAGGUGGGUGCUAUUGCAAGCCAUUACAAAAUAGAAAAGUAGCUAUUCCUAGAGUUGGUUAAAAGUUGGCUGAAUCUGCUUUGUUUACACAGGUCAAAGUUUUGUUUAUAGCCCUACCUUACUUUGCAAUUGAAUAAAGUCUCAGUUAUUCAGAUUGUUUAUGUACUUUAUUUUUCAGAGAUUCUUGGUGUAUGGACAGUGAAAUUAUGUUCAUUGAGAAAUAUUCAGGCAGUUUUCCUGAAUAUUAAUUGAACCGUGUACAAUUCAAGCUUUUAUGGAAUAACUUUUAGUUCUUAUUGCAACUGACUGUAUAGAAUAAGACUUUUGCCACGAGUGCAGGUACCUUUGUUUAUUGUUCUGCAUCUUUACUGUAUGGUUAAAAUGGAAUACAUAGAGCUGCCAUACAAAGCCACAGCUUGAACACAUAAUUGUUUAAAUAGAUGAUUUGUUAGGACUGUAUGUUACAUUUGGAUAGGAUGCUCAUCACUUGGUUUUUGUACAUUGUAUAUGUUGUGUAACUUUUUGAACCACACUCAUAUGGAACCUCUUGGUUUAAUAAUCGCAUCUAAGGGACUAGCUGGGAUUCAUGCGGAGUGUUAAUGUUAGCAAUCAUUUGUGUUACUAUGACUCCAAAAAAUCUUGUGAAUUACUGCUGUUGAUCACUUAUGAAAUUAAAAUUUUGAAAACUCCCUACACAUCUUGAUUCCUUACAGUUGUUCCAGUAGAGAACAUUGUUUAAUUCCAAUUCUGUGUAGAAUUUUCACUUUCUUCAGUAGAGCUUUUCUUAGGGAAGAGAAAAGAUGCAGUGAUAUAUAAAAUCAAAGUAGAAUUUUUGUCUGUCCAUUAUUAGAAAAUCAUUAAAUGCAAAGAUUAUACUAGUUGUCUGAAAAAUCUUCUGCAAAUCAUUGUAUUUAAAGCAAUUCAUAAGCUGUUCUGUUUCCCAGUAGAAGAAAAAGUGUGUCUAUUUGAAUUUUAUAUGAUGGAACAUUUGAAGUGCACAGCCUAGCAUAACGUAGAAAUACAAGUGGUAACAGUUCUGUUCAUCCAGAUGUGACAGAUGUAAAAACCUGUUGAAUACUGCAUUCUGAGUAUUUUGCAGUACAGUAAUUUGAAGGACUGAGUGAAGGUGUUAAAAUGAAGAGGUGGCUGCAUUACCAGAUUCAUGGACUGGAAAUUGUUUUGACAGGUUCCGAGAUGGUGUGCUCCUGAAAAGUGACAUAAUUGUAUUUCAUUGUUAAAAUUCCUAAGCCGUCUGUUAAUAAAACUGUCUUUCUGAA